AUGAGCACCACGAGCACCAUUGGACUUAUAUUUCAAGGGAGUUGCCCAGUCGCAGACCUUGCAGCGCUCAUGUUUCGUCGUCUGUUCCUUCCUCCAAGGCAACCCCGACCCCAUCGUCGACUCCUCUGCCUGUUCGCACUUCGGCGCACAUUAGCUCUUCCACUCCUUAUUCGAGACCAGUUCACACUCACUCUUCCCAUUCUCACCCGCAUUGGACCUAUAUUUCCAGACCAGUGCCACACCGCAGCUCGUGCUCAGCUUCCUCGUCUGUGGCCAUCUCAGCCUCUUCAGUUCCUACUUCGACCCCUCUUCCCUCAGCAAUCUGUGUCGCAAGCAAGCGGUUUGACAUCCUCAUCUCCAGCUCCUACCACCGAUGUUCCUUCUGGCUCGGUACCCACUCAGCCGACUGGCUCGCUGCCAGAUAGUACCAUUACUGGUGGAUCUCCCGGAGCUCAGUCAACUACCUCCACCAUUCUAUCCACUCGUACAGCUACUAUCACAGCAUGCCCAUCGUCGAUCCCCAACUGCCCGGCAUCAUCCAAGACUACUUUCGUCACUACUGAGACCAUUGUCGUUUCGACUACAGUGUGCCCAGUGACUGAAACUGCAGGUGCUCAAGCAACAUCCACCUCCCUUCCAGCUGGCCAAGGUGCCUCAGAGUCGGAGAACCCUGGAUUUACCACUUCCACUGUCUUCACUACUCGCGUUGCUACUAUCACUGCCUGCCCGGCCUCCGUUACAGACUGCCCUGCCAGAUCGAAGACCACUUUCCUCACAACAGAGACUAUCGUGGAUUCAACAACUGUCUGCCCAUUGACUGAAGUCACUCAAGCCACCUCUACUGCAAUUCCAGAGGGCCAAGCUUCUUCGACCUCCGAGACCCCCGGCUUUACCACUUCUACCAUUGUCAGUACCCGGGUUGUUACCAUCACUGCUUGCCCAGCUUCCGUCACAAACUGCCCCGCGAGAAUGAAGACCACCUCCCUUACGACUGAGACAAUCGUUGUGUCAACGACUGUUUGCCCCGUCACGGAGGCUGCCGGUGCUACCCAGACCGGAUAUCCGUCAGGAACCUCAGCUCAAACUGCAGGUGGAAAUGAUAACGGAAAUGAGGGCUCGGAGUCAACCAUCUCCACCGUCUGGAGCACCCGCAUCGCGACUGUCACUGCUUGCCCCCUAUCUGUCACCAACUGCCCUCUGCGGUCGAAGACCACCUACUUGACCACCGAGACUUUGGCCGUAGGAACUACAGCUGUCGCAGUGUCCGCUGAGAAUACUUCCGUCCCCUCCGAGGGCGCCACUGUCACCACCUCCGUUAUCAACGUGAACCCUCAAGCUGCUAGCACCGCAACUGUCUCGUCCCCAGCCGUCACUGCCGGGGCCGAAUCUGGAUCCUCGGGCUCGACUGGUGGUCAGGGCUCGGGCUCGGGCGUAGAGGCAGUCUACACUGCCCUUUACACUAUGGAAUCAUGUGCCAAUGGCGAUACCUGCACCGAGUAUGUCAGCACUGUUGUGACCACACAGACUAACGUCGCCGUUGCCCAACCCACCAUGACCUCUGCUUCGUACAAGCCUGCGUCCGGCUCCGGUGCGCAAGGUCACCCUGCUGCCUCUGCGUCCUCCGCCCACGCCUGGCCACAGGGUAGCCAAGCUGCUGGAGCCAGCUCUGCCUCUGCUUCAAGCACAAGCAGCGCUCCUUAUGCUGUCUACACCGGUGGGGCGUCAUCGAUCUCCCAAUUGUCCGUGCUGCAGAUCAGUGCCACGUUGAUGGUGAUGCUGGCGGCUAUCUUGGCCUAG